AUAUUUGUAAAAUAUUUCUAAAAUAUUUUGUAAUAUUUGUUGUUGAAAACUAAAGAAGCCCAGUGAAAAUGAUCAAGAGUGAAGAGGUCGCAGAUCGCUCGGUUAUGACGAUGGAUCAGCUGGGUGGCUACUACCACGAUCACCGCGCCCAUCCCCCCUUCAGCCACCCACAUGCGCACACCCACAACCACACACACAACCACACACACAGCCACCCGCACAGUCACACCCAUAGUGGGCAUCUAUAUAGAGCAGGGAAUCUACUGAGCAGUGGCAAUUACCAGGCAAUGGGUGGUGGAGAAUCACCCACGGAGUUGAUCGAUGAAAAGCCGAAUAUCGGCUACAUGGAGCUCAAGCAUUAUAUGGAAGUAACGCCCACUGCCACGCCCGUUUCGGCCGCCCAGCACUACAGCCUCAGUGCGCUGCACAGCAUGGCCACACCGCCGGCCUCCUCCAGUCCCAUACCUCCGUAUGGCGUUCUAAUGACUGCCCAUUCGGCGGGAUCCGCUUCGCCGCAAUCGAACUCGAAGACGCCCACGGAUUUGGCGCAGGAUCUGCAGUAUGUGAGCUCCAGCACAGCCGCCAAGGUGCAGCCAUUGCAGGUGCAGCUGCAGCCGCUGAACCAUCAGUACGCGUCCACCAUUAAGUACUGCUCCAACAACACCAUACUCAGUGCGAACGACUACCAAUUGCUGACCAGCCAGGACCAGGUGGAGCAACAGCAUCCACCGCCGCCGCCGUCGUCGUCGCAGCAGCAGGUGCCAUCCAGCCAGCAGCUCCAGCACUCACCAGGCGGCGCCUACAUGCCGCGGAUCACCACAUCGCCGUCGCAGGUGAUCAGCAAUGCGCACGGCAUGAAUGUGCUCAACUACUCCAGUUCAAGUUCCUCGCCAGCCAAGUCGCUCAACGGCUCGGAGUGCUCGCCAAUCAGCCAGAAUCCGCUGGAGAACAAGGGCGCGGGAUCAGCGGCUGGUGGCACUGGUGCUUCCAGCAACCAGGAUGCGCCCAGCACUCCGGAUACCACCAAGAAGUCGGGCACCCGGCGGCCCGAGAAACCAGCGCUCAGCUAUAUCAAUAUGAUUGGACAUGCGAUCAAGGAGUCGCCCACUGGGAAACUAACGCUCUCGGAGAUUUACGCCUAUUUGCAGAAAAGCUACGAAUUCUUUCGAGGACCCUACGUGGGCUGGAAGAACUCGGUGCGCCACAAUCUCAGCCUGAACGAGUGCUUCAAGAAGCUGCCCAAGGGCAUGGGCGUGGGCAAGCCGGGCAAGGGUAACUACUGGACCAUCGACGAGAACUCGGCGCAUCUCUUCGAGGACGAGGGCAGCCUGAGGCGCCGACCACGCGGCUAUCGUUCCAAGAUCAAGGUGAAGCCCUAUGCCGGCCAUGCCAAUGGCUACUACGCCGGCAGCUAUGCCGAUGCGGGAAUGGACAAUGGCAACUAUUACGCCUCGCCCGCCUUCGCCAGCUACGAUUACGGCGCAGCUGGAGCGAGCAGCGUGUCACCAGCUGGUGGUCAAGGAUUCGCCGAUCCCUGGAACGCCCAUGCCGCCCACAGUGGCUCCUCGACGGUGGGCGUGGGCAUGGGCGUGGGCGUGGGCCCACUGCCCCAGUACACGAACAUAUCCUGCCUGGCAGCAGCAGGCGGCAAUCUGAAUGGCUCGGCCACCACGCCCCCGCUGGCCCACUCCACCCUGGGCAUGGCCCCAUCAUCGCUCCCACCCUCAAGUUCGCCAGUGAGCCUGGGAGCGGCGGCGUCGCUUCAAAGCGACUAUGCGCCAACCGCGAGUCUCGUGGCAGCGGGCUACUCCUAUGCAACAAGUGCCGCCAGCCUGGACAACGGCCUCCGCUCGAUUUCGCUGCAGCAACUGCCCGGCUUAUCCAGCAUCCAGCAUGCCCAGGCUCAGGCCCAGGCACAGGCACAUCACCAUCACCAUCAGCACCACUCGAGCCAUGGAGGAAGCCAUCCGGGCCAUGGUUCGAUGCACCAGAACCACGGCACAUCGUCCAUGACGCCGCCGCCAUCGCAGUCCGGUGGCAGCCAUGUGAUCGAUCAUUCGCCCAUUGAUCGCAAGCCGGUUUACCUGCCGCCCAUCACCCCGCCCCCCACCUCGGUGGCUCUGAAUGGGGGCGGCGGCUACUACGAGGGCCUCAAGUACGCCAAUUAGCCAUUCCCCCGAAAAUUGGAAUGGCGUGCAUCAAUAUUACCUCAAAGGACACAUUAAUCACGUUUAAUUAGGCUCUAAGUAGUGGCGGAGAAGAAGUAGUUGCAUAGUGCAUAGAAGGGAAAAUAUAAAUGAAAAUAUAUAUAUAUACAUACAAAUAGAA